AUGAUUACUGCCCAGCGGCAGCUCAAAGGCAGCUCUGCACUCCUGAAGAACCUUGUAAAUGUCCUGUCCGAUACAGUCCCAGAAACGUUUAUAUUAUUCAGCUUGCAGCCCAUCGAUCCCGGGUGCUUUCUGGUUGGAGAGCUGCAUGACGGCAGCAGUGAGCUCCUGGAAGUACAUAACCCAAUAUGCGGCCGUGUGACUGCUGUAACACCUGAAGGAUUUAAAGCCAUGGUUUUGGUCGGACUUUCUCAAAACCUACAUCAGAGUACUUAUGAAGAACUUAUUCCGUUGGUUCAACAGUUAGAAACUGCUUUAGACCUUUUCCAGGGUGCAAUCUGUGCAUCCGAAGAAGUGACCCAGAAAAACCAUCUUGAGGAUUGUUGUGCCAAAACUGGGGCUGACAGACAUCACUGUUUCCUUCAACACAAAAAACGCAUUCCACGGGACAGUACUUUUCACGAUGUUCCAAGAAAAGACAAAUGUGAGGCAUAUGAAAAGGACCGAGUGGCAGCAAUGGGACAUAACAAUACUUUGGGUACUGCGAUGAAACAUACUGUUGCAGCUCGUAUUGCCCAGUUGAAAUCUAUUUGCUUGGUUCAUGAGAAAUAUGGACUUAGGGUUAUAAAGGCCAAAAAGCUUGUCCAGUAUAGUCAGAAGUUACCACAAGCCACAUUUGAAGAACUUGCAAAAAUAACAGAUCAAAUUGCACAUAUGGUAGCCACUUGCUGUAAGGGUGAAAUGAUCAGCUGCAUGAAAGAAAGGAAACAAUUGGCAGAUGAUGUCUGCUCAAAAGACGAACUCUUGUCUAGAACCAAACACCUGGCAGAGUGCUGCAAGCUUUCGAUAAUCGAGCGAGGGAACUGCAUUGAAAAGAUGGAGGCUGAUGACAAACCCCAGGAUCUCUCAGAAAAAGAUGACAGUUUCAUUAAAGACAAAGACGUUUGUGAAAAAUAUGCCCAACAUGGUGAUCAGUUCCUUGGAAGCAUGCUUGUGCAAUAUACAAGGAUAAUGCCCCAGGCACCUUAUGAUAAGCUGAUGAGAGUAGCACAUACAAUUGCUACAGUUACUGACAGUUGCUGUAGUAAAGAUGAAAGCCAUUUGUUGCCAUGUGCUGAAGAACAAUUGACCAACGCCAUUGAUGAGACCUGCUCAGAAACUAACCCUGCGACUAUAAAUGAACAUAUUGAUCACUGCUGUAAUGAAUCAUAUUCGGAACGGAGGACCUGCAUUCUUAAGAUUCAGCCUGACACAACUUUUGUACCUCAACCAUUCUCACCCGAUAUGUUCCAUCUGGAUCCAGAUAUGUGUGACAUGGCACCUAAAGAAUUACUUGCAACCACGACCAGGCUCCUGUAUGAUAUGGUGAAACUGAAAACUACAAUAACAGAUGAACAAUUCCUGACAAUAGGUACCAGUUUCCUACUCCUGAAAGCCAAAUGCUGUACAGAUGCUGAUAAGGCACUAUGCUUCAAGGCUGAGCGGGCGGUGGUGGGCGGGGUUGAUGUCAGAGCCCCCAAGCCUUCUUCAAUGGCGAGGCCCCCGGACCUUCAAAGCAUGUGGACUGGCAGGGAACCUGGCCCCUCCAGCAGGAGCAGCGGUGGUGGCACCUCUCGUGGCGGAGGGGGGAAUGACAGCCCUUCUCCCUCUCUCUCGGGUCUGUGGCUCCUCCCCUUCCUGCUCUCGGGUCCGUGGCUCCUCCCCGUCUGGCUCUCGGGCUAA